GCGAGCAGGCAGGCAGCACCUGUGGGUCGUCUUUUUCCCCCCACCCUUCUAAGACAACCGACUGCAUGCACGCUACUCGGUAGCGGCCCGGCUCAGCUCAGAAUGAGGCCGUGCUGGUCCGAAGCAUUUGAGGCCCGAACCGAGCGAUGGCGAGACAAGACGCCGUGAGAUGCGUGCGCCUUUUCCUCUGCGCGCUCAACGUGCUCUUCUGGCUGAUGUCAGCGUGCAUUCUGGGAGUGGCGGCGUGGAUCCGAGAUUCACUGAACGCCGUCCUGACUCUGACCGCUCACACCAGGCUGGAGGAGGCUGCCGUGCUGACCUUUGCCCCCGUGGUUCAUCCCGUCCUGGUGGUGGUCUGUUGCUUCCUGCUGAUGGUGGCCAUGUUGGGCGUGUGCGGCACGCUGCGCUGUGACCUGGUGAUGUUGUCCUGGUACUUCGGAAGUCUGCUGGUCAUCUUGUGUGUGGAGUUGGCUAGCGCUCUAUGGACCUAUGAGCAGCCCCAUGUGCAGCGCUCUGACAUGAUCAGUCUAAAGUUUCGGAUGUCAAACUUCGGCCUUCGCCAGCAUCAGUGGCUCACACACACCUGGAACACCUUUCAGACAGAGUUUGAGUGCUGCGGGGUGAUCUACUUCACGGAUUGGCUGGAGAUGACAGAGAGGGAGUGGCCACCUGACUCCUGCUGCUCCUAUCAGUAUCCAGGAUGUGCUCGCCGCGCCCACCAGCACGACCUCAGUGAUCUACAUCAAGAGGGCUGCGGUCCAAAGCUGCUGUCUUUCAUCCGCUCCAGCGCGCUGCUGCAGCUUCUGCGCUUCCUGGGCGUGGCCAUGGGCGUGGCCCAGAUCCUGGCCAUGGCUCUGACCCUCAUGCUGCUCUGGACGCUUCACUACGGGCGCAAGUGGCCCAAAGAACAACAAUGCUUGCCGGCGCCACCUGGAGGAGGCCCGCCCGCUGAACAUCACUUACACAUGGAGCCUGUUUCAUAGCAUUAUAUCAUAUUACAUUUGGAGACAUACAACUACAACUGCAGAAAUAUUGGCAUCUAAAUAGAGAAUGGAAAUGUGUUGUGUGUGUGCUGUGUAUGCGUGUUUUUGUGUAUUUUUAGUAUGCAUAUCUGUGUAUGGUUUGUGUUUGGUGUGUGUACGUGUUGUGUGUGUGUGUAUAUAUAUAUAUAUAUAUGUGUGUGUUUGUGGUAUCAUUUCAUUUAGUCACCAAAUAUUAAACAAAAUAAAUAUAUAUAUUUUUUAAUGUAGAUGUAUUUUUAUGCCUCAGUAUAUUUAAAAUGUUAAGAUAAAAUACAUUAUUCAUGAAAUAAAUACAAAAAUAUUUAUUAUCUGAGAAUUUAAUCCAAAAAAAAUUUAUAUCCUGUAUUUAUAAAUUAGUUUUGUUUGACUCGUGCUUGUCUUAUCCAUGGUAAAUGAAGAGAUAAAUGAAUUUCAACAAAACAAUAAAUUGAAAUAACUAAUUUUAGCGGGGGGGGGGGGGGGGAAUCCAUAUUAAUGAAACAAAUAUUACAGCUCUCCUCAUAAUAUAAAUGCUGAGUGGGCCACAUUUAAAAAAAAUAAAUAAUAAUCAUCAUCUUUGCCCAGGACCGGUCUCAAUCCAAUGUAGAAUGUUCUGCCGUUGUCAUGGCGAUGCUCUCUAUAUUGUGUUGAUUUCCUUUUGGUGGGGAAUGUUCAUUGGGGUUAGAGUUCACAGAGGAAGCGAGCGGAGAGGAAAUUCACUGGACAAGCUUGGCACAUUAAUAAUAGUCGGGGCCCGCCCGCCUAUUCUCCCUGAGACACGAGGGCAUUUAUUUAUAUUAUAUUUCAACUCUGCACACGCUGUCAAUCAUCUCUCGCAACUCUUGCAUGCCACAAAUCCACAGGAAUAAUAAUUUAAUUAUCAAAAGCAUCGCAAUAAGGAUGUUUGACAAAACAACAUGUUGAAUGAGAAAAGUGAUGCAUGAUACUAAUACAUGGGCUUUAAGCCGCAUAUGAAGGAUAUCGAAUUAAACGGUCAAACAGCUUUCCACACCGGUGUCACACUUCAUGCAAAUAAAUCAAUAAAAUGAAUCAACUCUCAA